GUUUUCCCCUAAACGUUACUUUGUGAACAAUCUUCCGGAGUAUAAUGGAAAAGACGUCACGAUCGAUAAAGCGGAAAUAAAGAGAAGAACUUUAGACCGUAUACAGACCAUCACUCAGAAGUGGACCAAGAAUCACCGCAAUUGUAACUAUUAUAAUCAGAUUUCCAUUAGAAUUGUACAACUUUAAUGAGAACCUUGAGCCUCGUGCUGAGAAACUAAAUGAGAAAAUCGAGGAACAAAACAAGUAAAUUUUGCUCGAAGAUCUUCAAAAUAUUCGUACCAGCACUGAAGGCACAUUCAACCAGAAUUGUGAUGGCGGCCUCUAUGUGGGAAUUCCAGGAGCUAUAUACACUCUUUAUCGCCUUUCAAAAAUGCCUGAUUUUUCUGAAGAAAGAGGACAUCUCCUGGAGCAAGCAGCUGGCUACUUAAAGCCUGCUCUGGAAUUUGCUACCCACACAAAAGCAAGUGGCAGUAAAGUUGAUGUUGUUGCAUUCAUAUUGGGCAAUGCUGGUAUAUAUGCUGUUGCAGCUGUAAUUUUUCAAGCAUUAGGCAAUAUGAAAGAAUCCGAGAAAUAUGCAUCAGAGUUUUCACACCUGGCUGCUCAUCUGAUUCCAGUGAAUUGGUAUUCUCAUGGAGGUGAUGAAUUUCUUGUUGGACGUGCAGGUUAUCUUGCUGGACUAAUUUGGCUUCAAUCUGAACUUAAGCGAGAUAUAUUACCAGAGCCUGCAGUCAGUGCCAUAUUGGAUGCCAUGAUUGAGUCUGGACAGAAGUAUGCUCAUGACCACAAAAGUCGCAUCCCACUUAUGUAUCAGUAUUACAAGACAGAGUAUUUAGGAGCAGCUCAUGGUUUAGCUGGGAUACUGCACAUGAUGCUCAGCUUCCCCUCAUGGCUCUCCUGUCGACCACAUGCUAAAGAACUCAUAAAAAAAUCACUGGAUGCUCUCCUAGUACUUCAGGCACCCAAUGGGAACUUUCCAAGUGCAAUGGAUGAAAUUGAUGGACAGCGACCACCUGAAGAAGAGCUUGUGCACUGGUGUCAUGGUGCUCCAGGUACUGUGUAUUUACUUGCCAAAGCAUACAUGGUAUAUGAGGACAAAAGGUAUUUACAAGCCUGUAUAAAGUGUGGUGAUGUUACGUGGCACAAAGGACUACUGAAAAAGGGACCAGGUAUAUGUCAUGGAGUAGCAGGCAGUGGCUAUGUGUUCCUCACUCUUUUCCGCCUGACUGGUGAUCCCAAUCACCUUCAUCGGGCUCUCCAGUUUUGCAAUUUUCUCAAUACAAGAGAAUUUUGUCAGGCACGCACACCAGAUUCUCCUUAUAGCCUGUAUGAGGGCUUGGCUGGCACAGCAUGUUUCAUUGCAGAUUUUUUAAAUCCAGAGCAAUCAUCAUUUCCUUUCUUCAACGUGUUUUAACUUUCAUGCAUUAUGGCCCUCUUGCUUGGUUGAUGACGCUGUCUAAAAUUGGGUUUGGAUAUAUAAAUAAACUAGAACUUUAUUUCA